AUGUUUUCAUAUUUUUCAAAUUAUUUUAAUUCAGAAGAACAACCACAAGAACAACAGGAAGAAGAAGUUCAAAAUGAAAUAAAUACAGUAUAUCACAGUGGUAUUUCUAAUGGUAUUAUUGAUACCAUUGGUAAUACACCAUUAAUUAGAAUAAAGUCAUUAUCUGAAGCAACUGGUUGUGAGAUUUAUGGAAAAGCAGAAUUUAUGAACCCGGGUGGUAGUCCAAAGGAUAGAGUUGCAAAAUCAAUAAUUUUAGAUGGCGAAAAGAGUGGAUUAUUAAAAGAAGGAUCAACCAUUGUUGAAGCAACAGCAGGUAGUACAGGUAUAUCGUUAACAAUGUUGGGUAAAUCUAGAGGAUAUAACGUUCAAUUAUUCAUACCAGAUAAUGUAUCAAAAGAAAAAGUAGAGCUUUGGAAAUUACUCAUUGUAGGAAUGAAUAAUGCAAAUCAUUUCAUGCAUUGUGCAUAUCAACGUUGUUUAGGUGACUCUACAGCAUUCUAUGCAAAUCAAUUCGAUAAUUUAUCAAAUUUCAGUGCUCACUACACAGGUACAGGUCCAGAAAUCUGGAAACAAACUCGUGGUGAUAUUGAUGGAUUUAUUGCAGCAGCAGGUACCGGAGGAACUGUAGCAGGUAUAUCUAGUUAUUUGAAAUCACGUAAAUCUUCAAUCGAAUGUUGGUUAAUCGACCCACCAGGUUCUGGUCUUUAUAGUUUAGUUAACACUGGUGUUAUUUUUCAUCCAAAAGAUAGAUUGGUCGUUGAAAAGUUGGGACCACGUUCAUUUUACGAAGGUGUUGGUGUCAACAGAAAAACUGAAAACUUUAAUAAAGCAUCUCUAAAUGGUGCUUAUCGUGGCACAGAAGAAGAGGGUAUCGAUAUGGCUCACUAUUUGUUAAAACAUGACGGUUUAUUUUUAGGUGGUUCAUCUGCUCUUAAUUGUGUUGGUGCAGUUAAAUUGGCUCGUAAACUAGGUCCUGGUAAAACUAUUGUAACUGUUUUAUGUGAUUCCGGUCAUCGUUACACAUCAAGAUUAUAUAGUAAAACAUGGUUAAAAGAUCACAAUUUCGAAGUUUCAGAUUUAUCAAAUUUAAAUUUUGUAAAAUAA